GCCCCUUCCCCCAGCCUCAGUUCUCAGCUGCCUCCAGCAGGAAGCUGGUGGCUCCUCUGUCCCCAGACUGAGCCCGUGAGUGACACGGAGGCAGAGGAACCCAGAGCCAUGCGGAGUCUCGGGGCCCUGCUUCUGCUGCUGACCGCCUGCCUGGCGGUGAGGGCCAGCCCUGUGCCGACGCCACCUGCCAACAUCCAGGUGCAAGAGAACUUCGACCUCUCCAGGAUCUACGGGAAAUGGUUCCUCGUGGCCAUGGGCUCCACCUGCCCGUGGCUGAAGAAGAUCAAGGACAGGAUGACCAUCAGCACGCUGGUGCUGGGAGAGGGAGCGACGGACGGCGAGAUCAGCACGACCAGCACUCGCUGGCGGAAGGGCGUCUGUGAGGAGAUCUCGGGGGCUUAUGAGAAAACAGACACCAAGGGGAAGUUCCGGUAUCAUAAAUCCAAAUGGAACCUCAGCAUAGAGUCCUAUGUGGUCCAGACCAACUAUGAUGAGUAUGCCAUUUUUCUGAGCAAGAAAUUCAGCCGCCGCCACGGACCCACCAUCACCGCCAAGCUCUACGGGCGGGAUCGGCAGCUUCGGGAAAGCCUGCUAGACACGUUCAGGGAGGUGGCCCUGGGCGUGGGCAUCCCCGGGGACUCCAUCGUCACAUUGGCUGACAGAGGUGAGUGUGUGCCUGGGGAGCAGGAGCCAGAGCCCAUGCCAUUCUCGAGAGCCCGGCGCGCUGUGCUGCCUCAGGAAGAGGAGGGGUCAGCGGCUGGCCAGCUCACACCUGAAUUCAGCAAGAAAGAAGAUUCCUGCCAGCUGGACCACGUGGAAGGCCCUUGCCUGGGGAUGAUCAGCAGGUAUUUCUAUAAUGGCACCUCCAUGGCCUGUGAGACCUUCCAAUAUGGCGGCUGCCUGGGCAACGGCAACAACUUUGCCUCAGAGAAGGAGUGUCUGCAGACCUGCCGGACUGUGGCGGCCUGCAACCUCCCCAUAGUCCAGGGACCCUGCCGAGCCUUCAUCCGGCUGUGGGCAUUUGAUGCCGCCCAGGGGAAGUGCGUCCUCUUCACCUAUGGAGGCUGCCGUGGCAACGGCAACAAAUUCUACUCGGAGAAGGAGUGCAAGGAGUACUGUGGCAUUCCUGGCGACGGGGACGAGGAGCUGCUGCGCUUCUCCAGCUGACCGGUCUGCAGGCCAGAGAGGGGCCACGGGGUGGCAGGGAGGGCAGGGCCAGUGUCUGUCCCCGUGCCCCACGGCAGUCUGGCCCACGUGACCUGGGUUCAAAUAAAAACCAAAUUGUAGACUCCUGAAA